AUGCUUGCCAGCGUAGUGUACUACGUGCGUGUGCUUAGUGUAGAAAAGCUGCUUCUGUCUGCGUGCCGCGAUGAACAGACCAACAACAACUGGCAGCUGUUCUUGGCAGCACAAAAGCAGUAUCUGGCUAACGGCUUGUAUGGCCUAAUGAGCGAGAUAAUUAACAUGCUGGCGUACAGCAAGCACGUCGCGCUAGAGGCAGGCAACGCCAGCAAUGCGUACUGGUCACAGGACAAGAAAAUCUUCUACUUGCACGGCUGGCAGAUCUACAUCAGCCGCUUCCGCAAGAUAGCGCAGGACGUAGUAACAGAGGCUGAGCAGAUGCUGUGGCAGGAGUUGUGCUGGGUGGCGAGGAAAGAAGACUGGUUUGCCGUCGAGCUGGACAAGGUUGUCGACGACGUCUUGUUCACAAAGCGCCGCUAG